AUGACUCCUGUCUCGCCUAGCGCUGUCGCUGACGAGCCACAGAAUGCAGAAAUCGAGAGUUUUCGCAAAGAGGCAAUAUACAGACGUAUGCAGCACUAUUCACGGGAAUUGGAGCGAUCGCAGCACGUCGUCUCUCAGCUCGAGUCUAAAACUCUCUCCUACGAAGCCGCAUUGGUCGCAAUAGAGACUUGUUGGGAUCAGUUAUUGCAACAGGUUCGCUUACUAGUGAAACCUGGAGAACUCCAGGACGUUGAAGAUCAAUCAGCUUUGUUCGCGCUCGCCCAAGAUGUAGAUGCCGAGGGAAAGAUAGGAAACGCGUACAUGGACGCGAUAAAGGCAAAAGAGAGCCUCACCGUCAAUACUAUUCGUGCGGUGGUUGCCUCUACGCCUGCCUUGGCACGACCAGAUGUGCAAGACUUGCAAAAUAUGGCACACCGACUUCGUUCUCAGCUGUCUAGCAUCAGUGGCGAACUUGCGCUUACGAAGGCGAAGCUGGAGGAGAGCGUGGCGUCCGUUGAGACGUACCGAGAGCUGCUUUCAACUGCGGAGAAUCGUCUAGAGCGUCUCAAAAGUACGACAGUGCAGAAGUUGGAAGCAAAGCCUCAGCCCAAGGAAGAGCCGGAGCCCAGCUCUCAAUCCAACGGAAACGGCACAUUAAUCAAAGCCGAACCAAUGCAAACCACAGCUCCCGAUAUGAAUGGGCACGUCUCCUCUGAGGAAGUGGAGGAAUGGAAAUAUCGCGCCGAAGAGAGACUGCGGACCAUCGAAGACUUUCAAAAGGAGCAUUUCGAACUUCGACAACAAAUUUCGAAACUGAAAACACAGCUCGUCGCUCCUAGUAGCGAAGUUUUGACGUCGCUUCACUUGUAUAAGUCUCUCCAAUCUUCUGUGGACACUAUUCGAAAGGCGGAAGAGUCACAACGAGCAGAGGUGAAGGCACUGCGGGAUUAUAUAUUGCGCAUGGAAGAGUCACGGAGCCAGUUCCAGGCACAAGCCCAGGCUGAAGCAAACGCCAAAGUCAAUGACCUCAGAACUUUGCUAGAGAAGAAAGAAAGUGACCUGCUACGGCUGCGCGAAAAUCGAGACACGUUAUCUGCCGACCUACUAGACCGAAAAGCACGAGAAUCUACCCGCGAUGGCUCGCUCAAUCAAAGUAAGAUUUUGGCGAAUGCACGAGGCGAACGGAUAGCAAUGCUUGUAUCGGAGAACCACAGGCUGAAAGCUCGCUUGGCUGCAAGAGAGGGAGAAGAAACCUUUUUUGCCUUUAUCAUGAGCAACCCACAAGACGAGUCUUUUGUACGGGCUCAAGAAGAACGUGUCGACAUGCUCCAGAGAGCCAACAACUCACUAAAUGCGACCCUCAAAGCUUUAGGCCAAGGUAAUCCGGAUGUCGAAAACUUUAUACAAGUAGCCACCGAAGCCAAAGAACAAGCAGAGGCAUUGCGGACAAGGCUGGAAAAGUUCGAGGCGUUGUAUGGUCCUGACGCGAUAGCUUCUUCGUCAGUCGAUUUACAACAGCUGAGUGAACAACUCCGAUGCAAGGAGGAGGAACUUCGAAAGCUUCGCCUAGAGCUGAAAGCGAGCUUGGAGGAACCCACAGCUCUCUACACCGAAAUUGAGCGACUUUCCGCCUUGUGGGAGAACUUGGACAAGCAACUUAAGAGCAAGAUAUUCGAUUUGGGCGCAAUGGAGGACAAGCUGACAAAAGCUCAAACUGAGAAAUCUAAAGCAGACAACAAGUACUUUGCUGCCAUGCGAGAGCUAGAUGCGCUCAAGGCUGUCGUACAACACAAGGAUAGGGAGAACAAGAAACAGUCACUUGUGCAGAGCAAGCUUGUCGACUCUGAAAAGGCGCUCAAGGAGCAGCUUGCGCACUUGGAACGGGAGACUCAUCUCCAAGCGAAGUCAAUCUCAGAGCGAGACACAGUCAUCGCUCGUGCUCAAAUACAGAUUGACAAGGAACGAGCUUCGCUCGAGUUGAGUAACCGCCGAGUCCAAGAGCUCAAUACCCAAGUUCUGGAGCGCGAUGAUCUCAUUGCAAAGCAUCGACUCGAAGUCAAUAAGCUUAACGAGAAAUGCGAAAGUUUGCGUCGGCAGGCCGAUGCCAAAGUUGCCCAAGCAAGGGCUGCAAAUGCAACGGGUUACGAAGCGGAAUUGGUCAAGGAGAGAGAUAGCCUUAUGUCUAUUCUUAAAUGUUCGACUUGCAAGCUUCAGUAUCGCAAAUAUGUAUUGACCAAGUGCAUGCACACUUUUUGCAAAGACUGCAUAGAUGCUAGACUCACGACUCGUCAGCGCAAGUGUCCGGCUUGUAACGGACCCUUUGCAAACAGCGACGUACAAGAACUUUGGUUCCAGUAG